GCUGCUAAAGAGAUGCUCAAAGCAGAAGAAGCCUGCACUCGACUGCCGCUUGCAAAGCAAAGCUAAUCCACUGAAUAAUCCACUCUGUGGCGGGGUCCAGAGGAGAGGCAAAAACAUGGUCAUCUCCCUCACUGUUCAUCUGUCAUCUGAUUUUGUGUGAGAAUCUGAAGGCAAAUGAAUUAGAUAGAAGUAACAUGUUGAUUGUGCUUAUUUCUUUUGGGACUGAAUCAUGGAUCGACAUCCUCACAUUCCAUAUGUUGCGGUGAUGUUUCAUCUUGUUUACACUGUGGAGAGGAGGACGAGGCCCCUUAAACAGGAAGUGAGAAAAAAAGUUUCAAGCAAAUAUCCCUUCUCUGACAGCAACUUCAUGACAGGAUGACACACCCAUGAUAGUCUGCCAUGAUGGGAAAUAUAGACCAAACAAGUUCCAUCAUCUUCGACCCAUUAGAACAUUUUUGUAUGAUGACAGCAGCACAAACUACAAUGACUUGAUUGAUAACAUUCUAUUUUUCUUUCUUCUUUUUGCAUUUCCUGACAGGUCACUCUCCUCCACCUUCAUGUCUUGCAUGUGCAUGAACCACAGCUUUGAGCAUUCAGUUGUGUCUGACCACCACCUGACUUGUGCAUUCACCCUGUUCUCACCGUGUCUCUCCAUGUCCUGCUUCAUCACAUCCUCAAUAGCUGCCAUCCUCUUUUUCUUUUGCCAGCCUACUAACUGGAAAUCAAGUUGUCAAACCUGCAUGGAAUGUAGAUUGACCCACCUCUUCUGCCUAUAAAAGCCAGACCAACCAAGCAGCAGAGCAGCAGAGCAGCAGCCUCUUGAGAUCCUGACAUCAGCCUCCCUGAAGACAACCACCACCUGAAGAACAGCCACAUCAUGAAGACUGCCAUCGCUCUCUUGCUGCUGUCUUGCUUCCUGGCUGCCAGUCAUGCCUUCAGGUGUGAGGAAGCUCCCAGGUAUUACGGCCUCCGUCAGUUUGAUGCCGGACAAGGAAUGUUGGUUGCCACCAACAGAUAUCGAACCCUGAUGCUCACUGGUACACAUUGGAGCCUCCUGAGCUACCAACGCUUUCGUCACAUUUCAAUCGGACGUUCUGGGCUGUGGGCCACUGAUUCCAGCAACAAACUCUUCAAAAUGGUGGGAAGCAAAUUUCUGGAGGCCACAGGUUUGAAGUUGAAAGUGGUGGCAGCUGGAGGGAACGAUUUUUUGAUGGGAGUCAGAGCCAGUGACAACAGAACCGUCUGUGUUCGAGGCAGCUCAGCUUUGCACUACAAAGGUGUCGGCUCUGUGAGCUGGGUUUUGAAGACAAAUAUCAUGAAAGAAAUCAGCUGCGGACAGAAUAGAUGCUGGGCGGUCGACUCAUCGAAUCGGGUCUAUGUCAUGUGGAAUAUCAACCAGUACUGCGGAGGUACAUCAUGGGUGCGAGUGACUGGUACUUCAUUGAAGUCGGUCAAAGUGGGACAGGACGGAACUGUUUUCGGAGUGAUGCCAAAUGGUGUCAUCUGUGAAAGACGGGGCAUCACAAAUAGUAACCCGAGAGGCUCUUCUUGGCGCGAGUUCCCCAUGUGCAUCGCUGUUGACAGACUCGCCUACGACCUGGGCAGACUUUGGAUCGCCAGCAAGUCAGGUCUCCUCUUGGAGUGCCGCCGCUAGGAUUCACUCUUGUUGCACUGAUGUACGGCAACAGUGCAUCUUAAUCUUCUUUGAUCUUUUUCCUUGUUCUUUUUCGUGAAAUAAUGAUGAGGAAUUAUCAGAAAUAUCUACCAAGUGAUUAUUAUUUGUUUUUUGAACUGUGGUGAAUCAGAAUGUACCAUGUAUGGGAACACUGAAUAAAGAAUUACAAAUGA